AUGGCCUCGCGAGUCCUUGUGUCUGGUCUUCCACGGUCUCUCCCUCCCCUUCCUCCGGGCCCUGGCCCCACCUGUGUCCCCUGUGUCGAGGGGCGCCAGCGUGCUGCCCCUCACUCCUCCCAGUUUCCUCCGACAGAGGCCCCGUUGCAGACGCUUCACAUGGACGUGUGGGGCCCAGCCCGCGUCCGUGGACAGGGUCAGGAGCGCUACUUCCUGCUGGUGGUUGACGACUACUCGCGUUACACCACAGUCUUCCCCUUGCGCAGCAAGGGUGAGGUCACUGAGGUGUUGAUCGACUGGAUCCGCGCAGCUCGUCUCCAGCUUCGGAGGAGCUUUGGCUCUGACUUCCCUGUUUUGCGUCUGCACUCGGACAGAGGCGGAGAGUUCUCCUCUGGCCUCCUGAGUGCCUACUGUCGUGCGCGAGGCAUCCGUCAGACCUUCACGCUUCCGGACUCACCACAGCAGAAUGGGAUUGCUGAGCGCCGCAUUGGCAUGGUCAUGGACGUCGCUCGUACGUCCAUGAUGCAUGCGGCUGCUCCCCAUUUUCUGUGGCCGUUUGCGGUCAGUUACGCUGCGCACCAGAUCAACCUCCACCCCAGGGUCUCUCGACCGGAGACCUCCCCAGCCCUGCUGUGGACGGGGAAGGUUGGCGAUGCGUCGGCGUUCCGGGUCUGGGGAUCUCGGGCGUUUGUUCGCGACCUGUCUGCGGACAAGCUGUCCCCUCGUGCUUCUCCCUGCGUCUUCCUGGGGUUCCCCCCCGACGCCCCUGGGUGGCAGUUUUACCACCCCUCCUCUCGACGUGUUCUGUCCUCCCAGGACGUCACGUUCGACGAGUCGGUACCCUACUACCGCCUCUUCCCCUACCGCACUCCGUCCCUCCCCCCGCCCCCGCUCUUCUUGGUAGACGCGGUCGAGCCUGUCAAGGUCACUGGUGACUCUGGUGCUGCUGCGGGAGCUGAGCCUGGGGGUGCGGCGUCUGGGGGUGCUGAGCCUGGAGGUGCCGAGUCUGGGGGUGCUGAGCCUGGGGGUGCUGAGCCUGGAGGUGCCGAGUCUGGGGGUGCUGUGCCUGGGGGUGCUGUGCCUGGAGGUGCUGAGCCUGGGGGUGCUGAGCCUGGGGGUGCUGAGCCUGGGGGUGCUGUGCCUGGGGGUGCUGUGUCUAGGGGUGCUGAGCCUGGAGGUGCUGUGCCUGGGGGUGCUUCGUCUCGCCUGGAGCCACUCUCCCCACAGGAGCUGCGUGAGUGGUUUGCCAGGCGCUGGAGGCGUGCUGCUGGUGCUGGUGGUUCUUCGGCUGCAGAGGGUACUGCUGCUGCGCGCCCCGCCGGUGCUCGUACUGUGGGUGCUGGAGCUGCUGAGUCUGAGAGUUCUCCUGGAGCUGGUCCUGCUGAGGGUGUUGGCGCUGAGCCUCCCGUUGGCGGUCCGACUGACGGUGCUCCUGGUGCUGCGGCUGGAGGUUCUGGAGCUUCUGGUGGUGCUGCUGGAGUGGGUGCACCUGCCGGGGCUACUGGUGCUGUUCCUGCUGUUUCUAGCGUCGCCGCGCGGCCCCGACCGUACUUCGUUCCGCUCCUGCAGUAG